GCGAGUCUCAUUUGUUAUCAAGGUCACCUGACUGCAUGUCGAAGCCGAGCGCCAAACGAAGCUGUAGUUAACUCUGAAUUAAACUACCUGUUUAAUUACGGUAAAAUAAACCUGUUUAACGGUAAAGGAAACGGACACACCGACUGAAUGUCAGGAAACGGUUUAAUAUCCAGUAUCCGGCGGUUAAUAAACGCCGAGGAGCGGCUGAGGACGAUCACUCCGAGUCCGUUUGAUCAUCUUCGCCAGCAGAUGGAUGAUUUGUUAGGAGAUGGAGGGAUCCUGAAAGAGGUGGUCCAACCUGGAGACGGCCCACCAGUACCCGAAAAGGCUUCAGUAUUGAUCCAUUACUCUGGUUUCCUGGAAUAUUCCGACCGGCCUUUUGAAACCACCACAAACCUCAAGUACCCCCGGAUGAUGAAGUUAGGGAGAGAUGUGACGCUGGCCGGACUGGAGCUGGGUCUGUUGACCAUGAAGAAAGGAGAGUUCUCUCGUUUCCUCCUGCAGCCCCAGUAUGCGUAUGGGGACAUGGGUUGUCCUCCGCUCAUUCCCGCUGCUGCCAUCGUUCUGUAUGAGAUCCAAAUCCUCGAUUUUCUCGACUCAGGACAGGUGGACGACUUCAUCGCGCUGAGUCCGGAGGAGCAGAACACAGUUCCUCUGUCCACACUCCUCGAAGUUGUCAACACAGUACGCAGCUUUGGCAACCGUUGCUUCAACCAGAGCCGUUACGACAAUGCCAGAGAUCGCUAUAAACAGGCAACAGUGCUGCUGGGAAACAGGGAAACACUGAACGAUGCCGAGAUGGAGAGCAUCAAGACAGCGCUGCUUCCUCUGUAUCUGAACCUUUCUCUCACUGAGCUCCGUCUGGACAGCCCCAACAAAGCCCUGAAAUAUGGCAACAAAGCCUUGGGCAUCGACUCUGCCAACACAAAGGCUCUUUUCCGCUGCGGACAGGCGUAUCUGCAGCUGCAUGAGUACGAGAGCGCCCAGGAUUGCCUCAUCGCUGCUCAAGCAAGGAAGCCCUUUGACAGCGACAUCAACAACCUACUGAAGAAAGUGGCGAUAUGCAAUAAAGACAGCUUGGACAAACAGAGAGACAUGUACUCCAAGAUGUUCAGAGGCUUGACAAGCAAAUGAAGGUGUAAAGAUCAGUACAAAGAUGAUGGUGUAAAUAAUAAACAUCAAGGUCCAACGGCACAUUUUCUCUCCAGUGCUGCAAAUUCUGACAGUUAAACACUUCUCUUGUUUCUGUGUAUGUUAAAAGAAUAAUGCUGCACAGGCGUCUCAUUUAUUUCCUUUACAAGAAUCAGUUCUUCAGAUUUCUUCAAAUGUGUGUUGAUUUAGUGCAACAGUCACGUUUAUGUGCAACAGUCACGUAUAUGUGCAACAGUCACGUAUAUGUGCAACAGUCACGUAUAUGUGCAACAGUCACGUUUAUGUUUGAGGAUUUGUUUUGCAGAAUUUGUGUAAGUUUGGAAGAACAUUUUCAUGAACACAGAAAAUCUUGAUGAUUCCUCUCUGUAGAGUGUGUUUAUAAAGACUGCCGGGGUGUAAAUGUCUGCAUGUGGUCUUAUGGUGAUAAUGAUAAAAUAAAAAAGCUUUUUCACUUUG